UUAAGGCUAGAGUAUGGGCUUCACUUUGCACUUUUCGGAAGGUCGGUCACUUCACUCACACAGCCUUUUCAAUGCAGGCUGGAUUGUGGAUGCCGGGACAGUUACCGGGACAAUCAAUGGGCACGAAGACCAUAGCCGGGGCUGAAGGAGUUGGAGUAGUGGGCAAGCUACAUGUAGUCUACAUGAACAUGUACAUGUAGUAAAGAGUAUCCAACCAUGUUCACCAAUGUUGCAUGGUACUGUUUUAAAUGAGGAAGGAGCGAUGGAGUCGAAGUUCAGCGUGGUGCGCUUCUAGAAAAUCAGGUACACGCACCGUAGCUCCACCAGUACGCACCGGUAGUAGUUUUGUUUGGCUGGCUGGACGCGCCGUACCGUAUAACAAGACGUACCUACCGGUACACAAAACGAAACAAACUCUACUCCAUCCAGAGUAUGAUAGCUCGAGUCUUGAUUUGCUUGGAUGAUCUUUGGUGCGACUUCGCCAAUAUAUUUUAGUUUCUGACUGGACUACUUUGGCAUUCGUCUCUUCAUUUUUCUCAUCAGGCAUAGGGAAUUUUAGCAUGGUACAGUGGUACCAUUACCAUGACAUAGCGGUACCGUACCAGGGUAGUUGGGGCGUCUGCCCUUCAUCCAAUCCGUCAAUUUCGUGAUCAAUCAUCGAUGAUCCGAAAACGAUAAUGGUCUCAAGCCUUUCCCUUUGAGCCGGCGUACGCGUGUAAAUAGCUGUAAAAGACAAAUUUGGUCCCAAACUGGAGUUCUCAGCAAUAAGCCUUGAUAUCAAUCGCGGUCACAGUGUCCGCAAACUCGGAGGAUUGUGGAUUAUAGGGAGAAUACGAGAAAUAGGCCCCUGGACAGAAUAGCAGUACCGUGAGAAUGUAGCCUAUGACUACGACCAAACUUCUGGCAAUUUGAAAGAAGCAAUCCGAACAACAGGCUAUUCGAGGCUACUAGAUGAGGCUAGCUAGAAGAUGAAGGCCAGUUCCAGGUAAGCUAUCACGUACUGUAUCACGUAAAAGAAGACUCCCACUGCUCAAGACGAGAGGCUUUCUCUUCGAUGAACAGCCAAAAGUGCUGCGCUGUCGAGCCGCUUACCACUGUUGCUGCUGCUGCUUGCUACUCACUCUCCAGCUAAUAACAAACCAACCCAGUACCGACUGCAACUGCUGUCUUGUUGUUGUCUUCGAUCCCAUAGAUCCAUCCAUCCAUCCAUCCAUCACCCGCCAGCGCUCUCUUUGUUCUGUGUGUGUGAAUACCGUUGUUGAGUUCAGUUGUAGUAGUAUUAGUAGUAUCGAUUGAUAGAACCAACCAAGCAAAGCACGAUGACACAGAUGAUUACUCCCGUCAUGUGUUCGGGUGCGGGACCCUCGCACUUGAAAGAGACCGCCGCCGCCGUCGAGAAGCGCGUGGAAGAGUUUGAAGCGGCGUCCAAUUUGAAGCUUCUGCCGGGUGCGGAAGAACCCAUGGAACUGCAAUGGAGCAACGUGCGGAUCGAUUCCGUGUUGGGAACGGGGAGUUUCUCGGUAGUGUACAAGUGCAAGGUCACGUCGUUGGCCCGCAAACAAGGCGACCCGAAUCCCAAGGACAAGCUGUACGCGUUGAAACAACUCUCUACCGAAACCAUUUGUUGCAACGAAUCCUUCAUGACCGGGUCCAUCGAUCUCGCGCUCGAAGCCAAGAUUCUGUCCAAGCUGCGGCAUGAGAAUGUCAUUGAGAUCUACGGUGUCAAGGGUGGCGGUAUUGCGGAAUCAUUCUCCAACUCCCAGGCCGGCGGUGGCUUCUUUCUCGUCAUGGACUUGCUCGAGGAAACGCUCGAUCAGAGACUCGAAAAAUGGAGAGAAGAAGAAUCUCAAAAAAACAAUUUGCUAAUGUCCAUUUUCAACCGCAAGAAACAAUCCCAAAAGCGACUCCAAGGCAUUGUCGAUCGAUUGCAAGACACCAUCUUGGGCGUCGUCAGAGGAAUGGAGUACUGUCACUCACAAAACAUUAUGCUCAGAGAUUUAAAACCACACAACAUUGGAUUCGACAAGGCCGGCAAGGUCCGCAUCUUUGACUUUGGUCUCGCGCGGGAAGUCGCGUACGACGGAAAGUCCACCACCAAUUUGCCACGCUGCAAUACCGGCGUCGCGGGAACGUUGCGCUACAUUAGUCCCGAAAAUGCCAUGGGAAAACCGUGUGGACUCUCCGCCGACGUCUACAGUUUUGCCAUUCUCUUGUUUGAAGUCAUUACGCUACAGGUCCCCUUUUCCGAAAUCAAACUCGUCUCCGAGUUCAAGGACAAGGUCAUUCGAGGACGCUACCGUCCCAACCUCAAGUUUGUGCCUUCGGUACUCCUGCAUGACUUGCUCAAGGAUAGCUGGAGUCCCAUUCCGGAGAAUCGACCCUCCUUUAUGGAAAUUUCCUGUAUCAUUGAAGAACUCAUUGGCUCGGACAUGCUCACACAAGAAGGCGAAUGGCGCAAAUUUGUCUUUAGAAAGACAAAGCCCCUCAGUCAUCACCAUUGCCCCGAUGGAAAGGACUGCAUGAAGGAUCAUUCCGGAAUCGCCGCAGGAUCUUCCUUUCAUCGAAGAAUGUCCGGAUCGCAUCACAAGAAACACGAUCAUCACAAGAAUAAGGAUUGUCACCAUCACAAUCACAAGCAUUCGUGUGAUCUGGGUGAAAUUCAACAGCUACGUGCCGAACUCAAACGGGAAGAACAGGAAGCCAGUCGAAGGCAUGGCAUGUGCGGGUCCUUUCAUGGAUCCAUUGACGAUCAAACCAGGAGUUUCAACGAAAACAUUAGUUUCAACAGCAGCCGGCAUUCCAAGCACUCGCAUCAUUAGCUUGCUAGCUGAUUGCUUACUAAUUGAUUGACAGAUGAACAAACAAACAGAGCGAAACCGACCGCCGGUUGUACUUUUUAACCCACCUACACAAUAAAUAAUACAUGAAUGAUUUUAUU